AGAGGGGGAGACAGAACUCUGAUAGAGACCGCCAUUCGCUUCUCAGGGACUGUCAACAGGGAGUAUAGCCGACGCAAGAGGAAAAUUGGGGUAUGAGAGCCACCAGAAUCCGUUCCCAUCCUUCCCUGCCCGGGGCCCAGUCUGACUGACAACCUUCGGAUCAGCACCGCCACCGAACCACCUCUCGGAUAAACCUAAUAUCGUAGAACUUUCAACACCAUGGAGCUGAGAGUGGGGAACAAGUACCGGCUGGGGCGGAAAAUAGGGAGUGGGUCCUUUGGAGACAUUUACCUUGGUGCCAACAUUGCCACGGGCGAGGAGGUGGCCAUUAAGCUGGAAUGUGUGAAGACCAAACACCCACAGCUGCAUAUCGAGAGCAAGUUCUACAAGAUGAUGCAGGGAGGAGUGGGGAUUCCCUCGAUAAAGUGGUGCGGGGCAGAGGGAGACUACAACGUCAUGGUGAUGGAGCUCCUGGGCCCCAGUCUGGAAGACCUCUUCAACUUCUGUUCCCGCAAGUUCAGCCUCAAAACAGUGCUACUGCUGGCAGACCAGAUGAUCAGUCGCAUCGAGUACAUCCACUCCAAGAACUUCAUCCAUCGUGACGUCAAGCCCGACAACUUCCUCAUGGGGCUGGGGAAGAAGGGCAACCUGGUGUACAUCAUCGACUUUGGCUUGGCCAAGAAGUACAGAGACGCACGCACACACCAGCACAUCCCCUACAGGGAGAACAAGAACCUGACGGGCACUGCACGCUACGCAUCCAUCAACACCCACCUGGGCAUCGAGCAGUCUCGGCGUGAUGACCUGGAGUCUCUGGGAUAUGUCCUCAUGUACUUCAACCUGGGCUCUCUGCCCUGGCAAGGCCUCAAAGCCGCCACAAAGAGGCAGAAGUACGAACGCAUCAGCGAGAAAAAAAUGUCCACCCCCAUCGAGGUGCUCUGCAAAGGCUACCCCUCCGAGUUCUCCACCUACCUGAAUUUCUGCCGGUCGCUGCGCUUUGACGACAAGCCAGACUACUCAUACCUUCGGCAGCUCUUCAGGAAUCUGUUCCACAGACAAGGCUUCUCCUAUGACUACGUAUUCGACUGGAACAUGCUCAAAUUUGGUGCCAGUAGGACAGCAGAGGAUGGUGAGAGGAGGGGAGCCGACGAGAGGGACGAACGUAUCGUAGGAGGCCCUCUGGGAUCUGCUGCACGGGGUCUCCCGCCAGGGCCAAACCCACCAGCCGCCAACAGAGUUAGGAACGGACCAGAGCAGGCCAUCUCCAACCCCGCCUCACGGGUGCUGCAGUCUGGGAACACGUCGCCGCGGGCAAUCUCUCGCGCUGAGCGUGAGAGGAAGGUGAGCAUGCGGCUCCACCGAGGAGCCCCCGCAAACGUGUCAUCCUCUGACUUCACAGCCCGUCAUGACCAAUCCCGAAUUUCCACAUCGCAGGUCAGCAUGCCAUUUGAGCACCUGGGGAAGUGAAACCUUCAGCUCCACAUGCACUGGAUACUGACAGGGCUUCAAGAGAGAUUUUUGCCAAUUGGACAAAUAAGUGGAUCUUGGAGGAAAGGACAGAGAAUCAUAAAACUAUGAAAGAAAGGAUGACAGUUGUUCAAGGACUGCAGGAAUCUCUCCCCUCCACCCUAACUUUGAUGGGAUAACCCUGGCCUACAAUAGUACAAGGAUAAGAGAAUGAAUAGCAUACCCUCCUAUCCACUGACCUAUUUACCCCAUGGUAGCUUGGAUCAUGCACCCCCCGCCACACACACCUUUGUCCCUCACACACUAUGCUCUGUGCGGCUGGCAGAGGUAGAAGACUGAUUUGGGCGUCGAAAAAGCUAAGCAGGUGCUCCUUUGCCAAAUAUAGCCGCGGGCACAAACGCGUUCCAAACCAAGAGAAGGUCAACUCAAAAUUUGGGCUUGUGUGGAUUUAGCCAUUUCUGUUUACACUGCGAAGACCACACCACACAAAUGUACCCAUGUAUGUUUUAACCAGUUCAUUUAUAGAAUAGUAAGGGGCUGUACUCAUAGGUAUGAUUUACUGUGCAUAUUUUGUGAAUAGCUCAUUCAUUUGGUGUGGGUCCUGUUGAGGCUUGGGCGAUUUUAGUUUCUUAUUUGAUGUUUUAUUUCGGAAAGGUACAGCUGAAGAGAAGGAAUGGAGAGUGGGAUGGAGAGAUGGGUAAGUGGUAGAUGAUGAAGCCAUGAGAAGAAAGGAAGAGCAAGUGAUUAUUAGCUGUAAUGGUGUAAAAAUAGUGUUGGGUUCUUUUCCCCUACUUCACCUCUUACUGAAUUGCUAAUCCUCCACUUUAGCCUAGCAUUUAGGCUACUUCAGCCUGCUUUGGAACUGAUGUUACCCAAAAGCCAACACCUCAUGCAGAGAUUGAGGUGAACAUGCAUUUUCUACCCUUCUCCCGCUCUCAUUUAUUCACCACAUCAUCCACACUUUUUUUUUUUUUUUAUCCUCCCUUUUCGCCCACUUUGAUAUCCUUUUGAUUUGUGUUUUUUGGUCAUAAUAUUGGGUAGGUUGGUAAGGUCAAAGUAACCACGCUUAUUUUAAGAGACAGUGCAACACUCUUAAGACAUGGGAGAAUCACAAGCUUGAAGUGGAAUGGAUUUUUUUAAAACUUCACUGUAGAUCUUUUUUUAUUUCUGUCUAAUGCCAAAAUGUGGUUGGUUGUUUUUGAGGUGUAAUGUAGAAAAAUACAUACUAAAUGCAUAAAUUGCGGCUGGGGAUCAGAAUUUUAGAAAAUAUUAAGUGCUAAAUUGGGAGGGGUUUUAGCCAUUUUUACAUCGCCAACUGGGUCAUAUAACUAGGCUUUGUGUGUGUCAACAGAAGUGUAGGUCUGGUGCAUGGACUCUCAGAAUUACAUAGGUCCCCUGUUAAGAUCACAGGGCUGCUCGGGACAAACUGCAGGCUAUACAUUUAUCAUGCCUCAUUAUUUGAGAUUGUCUGUUGUCUCUCACUGUUAUUUAUUUUUCUUAAACUCCAUUUUGUUUCUCUUGUGUAUGAGGAAACUCUUAAAGUGCAAUACUUAGAUUUUCCUCUUUUUGUCCAGUUUAUCUUAUUCCCAGCAGUUUGUUCAUAGCCUGUUGAGACUUUGUCACUACACUGUCUCCCCAUCACUCCACUCCAAGCCUUUCCAGGAGAAGCUGACCAUGUUCUCCACCAAGGACCUGAUAUAGGGCUGACUACUUUUCCUUUUAAAACAAAAGUACACUUGAAAAGGGGGAUGCUGAUAGUGGGUUGUCAUCGGUGCCUUCUGUUGCAAAAUAGAGGUCCCUGGAUGUCAUUUACCAGCACCCUUGAUGUCAUUGAUGAUAACUGGGACUUGGAUGCAGUCGCAGUGAUGUCACAGAUUCUGGUAAUGACCUGUGUUUGUGUCGUGUCCCUUUGGCAGGCCAGUGUGACCCAGUGGCAAUGUAACUCAACAGGGAGGGCUAGUGCUGGUCAGGUUAUGGGGAGUAUAUACUUUAUGUAUUGUGUACUGAUAUAUUGUACAGUUCUUUAACACACUUUAACUUUAUUUACAACAGUAUUUGUGUAUAUUUUAUGACGUAAUAAAAUACAACAAACAAUUUUUUCCCUAA